UGCACAAAAAGUACACUAUUCCUUCGAUUGUCCCACCGAUUGGCCGGUGCUGCACUUGGAGGAGAACAAAUUAUAAGUUAGCCUAGUGCAUUUUGUGAAAUAUAAAGUGAAAGUUCGAGUGCUUGUUGACUUGUGUCCAGCUUCUCGCUGCAUUCAGCUGCAAACUAAUCAACAUGGGAAAGGACAAAUACGAUUUGCGACAAGUGGAACUGGGAAACGAAAACCCUGGCUUCCAGAUCGACAUCACCGACGGCAAGGGAGUCAUCACCACUAAUGGCGCCAAAGCGACGAAUGGCAAACCCGUGGUCGCCUCAAAGGACACCGUCCAGCUGGAGGAAGGCACAGACAGGCAGCAGUGGUCAAACCCUGUCGAGUUCCUCCUUUCCUGUAUCGCCAUGUCCGUUGGUUUGGGCAACGUGUGGCGUUUCCCUUUCACUGCCUACGAGAACGGUGGCGGCGCCUUUCUCAUCCCUUACAUCAUUGUGCUGCUCAUUGUCGGAAAACCUUUCUACUACAUGGAGCUCGCCCUCGGCCAGUUUUCCAGCUCUGGACCUGUCAGAGUGUGGGAAGUCGUGCCUGCUUUGAAAGGCGUCGGUAUAGGGCAACUAGUCUCAACGACGGGUGUGUUCACGUACUAUUGUUCCAUCAUGGCGAUCACCAUGUUCUACUUCUUCGCGUCGUUCACCGCCGAGCUGCCCUGGGCUAGAUGUGGCGAGGGAUGGGUCGACUGCGCUGAUUCUUUCGGAUCCAACGGCAGCAUCAGCUCAUCGGAAAUAUACUUCAAGGACAUAGUGCUGCAGGAGAAGGACCAGAUCAAUGACGGUGUAGGUUACCCUGAGUGGAGGUUGACGUUGUGUCUGCUCUUCUCAUGGGUCACCAUCUGCCUGGUGCUGAUCAAGGGCGUCCAGAGCUCUGGCAAAGCGGCCUAUUUCCUUGCGCUAUUCCCGUACGUGGUGCUCAUCAUCCUGCUUGUCAGGGGCGCCACCCUUCCUGGUGCUGUCGAUGGAAUUCUCUACUUCAUUACGCCACAAUGGGAACAACUGCUCAACCCUAAGGUGUGGUACCAAGCAGUUACGCAGUCAUUUUUCUCCCUGGGUGUCGCGUUCGGCGGCCUCACAAUGUACGCCUCCUACAGCCCCCUUCACCACAACUUUCACAGGGAUGCGAUGAUCGUGACCACAAUGGACACGUUCACCAGCUUGUUGGCUGGAUUCACAAUUUUCGCCAUCCUCGGUAAUCUGGCAUAUGAGAAAGGAACGGACAUCAGCAAUGUUGUCAGCGGCGGAUCAGGACUUGCAUUCAUUUCAUACCCAGAAACCAUCGCCAAAUUCAACGAAGUGCCACAGUUGUUCUCGGUGCUCUUCUUCUUGAUGUUGUACACGCUUGGUAUUGGAAGUGCCAUUUCUCUGGUCGGCGCCGUCAUCACUGCGUACUGCGACCAGUUCCCGACCCAUAAGCGCUGGAUUGUGACCCUGGUCGUGUGCACCUUCGGCUUCCUCAUUGGCCUGGUUUACGUCACACCGGGCGGCCAGUGGAUUUUGGACUUAGUCGACUAUUUCUCAGGCACCUUCAUUAUCUACAUCCUCGCCCUGACCGAAAUCAUCGGCAUUUCUUGGAUUUACGGUGUGAAUAAUUUCUGCCGUGAUCUGGAAUUCAUGCUGGGAAUCAAGGUCGGCUUUUAUUGGAGAGUCUGCUGGGGAUUUGUUACUCCCAUCUUCCUGUUGGCUAUUCUUAUCUACAGUCUGAUCACCCUGACGCCCAUUCAGUACCAAGGAAAGGAUUACCCCGACGCAGCUUAUGCCUGCGGUUGGGUCCUGUUCUUCAUUGGCGUGGUUCAGGUUCCGUUCUGGGCAAUCUUUGCAAUUUGCAAAUACUACAAGACUUCCAUUCCAGAGGCAAUCAAAAAGGCAUUCAGACCCACCAAGAGAUGGGGACCGAAGAGUGCCAAGUCGCGCCAGGAGUGGGAAAUUUACAAGGAAGAAGAAAAGGAGAAGAUGAGAAACGAAACGAAGUCUUUCAAGUUCCUCCAUCUUGUCUUUGGAGUGACCAGGCGGCGACCAAGUUCUGUGUCGUCCUCUUCCUAGUUCCAGCUAACUUGUAUAGUUAUGACUUAAGCAUAUUUUAAUUUUAGACCAAUGAACUUUUGAACCAAUUUCAUCUUGCAAAUUUCUCUGCCUAAAAGGAAACCGCAUAGAAAAAUCGUGAUAUAUUCAAAUUAUGUCAUUAACUAUUAUGUUAUUUUGGCGUCCUUUCCACAAGACCAGUACAAAAUCAAUGCAAUAAAUAGAAGGAGAAUUCAAAAUUAAAUGAUACAUAAGUUUAGAAAAAGAAAAUUUUUUUGUAAGCAAGUUGAAAAUUUGAUCUCGCGUCACUUUCAAUAUCAGCAUAAAUUCUUGGAUUGCAUUGACGAUUGACUUGAUAGUUGAUAGCAAUUUUUAUACAAUUGUAACUAUGUAUUAAGAGCAGGGUGUAGAUAGUUUCCACUAUAAUUGUUAUUAAAUUAACAGACUUUGGUAGGUUUUAUCUACCUAUUUAAACUAAAACAUUCAUUCCACUAAUUGUAAAAGACAAAAAAGGUAGCCUUCUGUUUUCAAAAUUUAAUUUUAGAGGUUCCAUGUUUUUGAUGAUAAGAGAUAGAAAAAUUAAAAAGAAAACAUUUACAACCUGUGGUAACAAUGUGGCUUCUAAUUUAAUAAAAAUGUUUUAAAUGUUGAAAUUAA